AUGUCUGCAGACACCCUAACUGGUCUUCUGGAAGAUGUGAAUGCAGUGACCUAUAAUGAGGUGCAUGUCGACAUCACUCAGGAAGAAUGGGCAUUGAUGGAUCCUUCACAGAAGAAUCUCUACAAAGAUGUGAUGCUGGAGACCUAUAUGAACCUCACAGCUAUAGGCUACAACUGGGAAAAUCUUGAAGUUGAAGAACAUUGUCAAAGUUCUCAAAAACAUGGAAGGCAUGAAAGAAGUCAUACUACAGAGAAAUCAUAUGAAUAUAUUGAGUGUGGUAAAUCCUUUGAAUAUCAUAGUCAUCCUCAAAGGCAUGAAAAAACACAUACUGGAGAGAAACCGUAUAAAUGUAAUCAGUGUGGUAAAGCCUUUGCUCGACAGAGUGAUCUUCAAAGGCAUAAAAGAACACAUACUGGAGAGAAACCCUAU